GAGAAAGAGAAGUAUAGGAAUGAAAGAGGGAGAUAGAGAGAGAAAGAAGGAGAGAAAGAGGAAAGAAAACGAGAAAGAGAGUGAGAGACAAAGAGAGAAAAGAGAGAGAGAGAGGGAGAAAAUGGAAUUUCUCUAUUUCACAUGUCCUCACUUUCUUCAUUACAGAUUAAUAAACCUAGUGAUUGGUUGGGACGAACUCCUUUAAUGUUGGCCUCUGAAGUGGGCGCCGAUAGAAGAAUCAUCGACAUUUUGAUAGACGCAGGAGGCCAGGUCGGAGCGAAAGACCGAUGGGGUGAGACAGCUUUGCAUUUGGCUGUGAUUUGUGAUGAACCUCAUCCUGUGGAGAUCUUACUAUCUCGGGGCAGUGAGGUUAAUCCUCGAAAUGAAGAUGGUCGCACACCGCUGCACGUGGCCUGUUCACGGGGAUACUUGCACAUUGUCGACAUUUUGUUGGGUCACAAUGGCAUCGAUGCCAAUGUUGUGGACAACAAUGGAGACACACCACUGCAUGAGGCAGUUCGGGAGCGAAAAUAUAAAGUGGUGUGUGCGAUGCUGAAGCAGGAUUCGGUGAAUUUAGAAAUUGUGAACAAAGAAUAUAGGACACCAUUGCUUGAAGCUGUUUCGAACGGUCACCUCGGAAUAAUUCAGAGGCUGAUAGCCAGGGGUGCGAAUGUAAAUGCUCUCAACCAUGGAGGAAAUAAUUGCCUGCACCUGGCGUUAGCAACCAAAGAAUUUAAUUCUGAGGUGGAGCACAUGACCAUGUUAGAUCAGUUCUGCGAAGAGCUGAAACUGGGAAACGAAGAAAGGUACUCUGGCGUGGUGGUUGCCAGUUACCUAGCCCACCACGGGGCCAACUUUUACUGUAAAAACAAAAGUGGCAGAACACCAUUGGACCUAAUAGAAAAGGAAAAUUUAAAAAAGACGUUAAAGACGUUAUUCCGACCAACGCAGUUUUUGUUCCUCAGAUGUGUGUUUUGUGAAGACGAAGUGGCCACAGAGACGUUCUUUCCAUGUAAACAUCUUUCGCUGUGUAAGAAAUGCUGUCCCCAAAAGAUACCUAAACAAUGCCUCAAGUGUGGACAGAAUAUAACGAACAAAAUUAGUUUGGAGGGUCCAAAGUCGUCAAAGCCGGAAGUCCAGAUGUUGGCAGAACCACCUGUGAAUCGAACAUUUGAAGACAAGGAAAUGCAGACACUGGCUGAACCUGUUGUGCGUCCAAAGGUUGAAGACAAGGCAUCCCAGACAGAGGCUCAGCCACUUGAUAUACUAACGCUAGAGGUGAAGCAUCUACAUCGGGUGUCCAAAAAGUUGGCCGGUAAAUGGCAGCAACUUGGAAGGGAAUUAGAUAUUACACAAGAUGACCUGGAAAUCAUCAAGAUUGACCAUUCGUACAGUGUUAUGGAACAAGGCUUUCAGAUGCUUCUCAAAUGGUUUCGAGGUUGCGAUCCAGCGAAACGUACACCUCAAACAUUAAAAGAAGCUCUUGACGAAACCGAAUGUUACACGGCAGCUGAAUGUUUAUUAUCAGACUUCAGUUGAAUUUCUUGUAAAUAUUGCUGUUGUUUAACCCCAAGUUUACCAUCACCACACACAGGCAUAUGAUUAAAUGCCUUCCAUCCAGGACCAUCAUGUUUUCCUUGUCUAAUGUGUCAUUCUUUAAGAUGAUAAGUGAUGAAUGGAGUAGGAUUCGGCUACUAAUUCUAGAAGAUCUAAUUACCACAUGGAGAUCUCUUUAUUUGUUUAGCUCCCUUUUUGUUGGAGAUUAACUUUGGAAAUAAAGAUUGAAAUUUCA